CCAACAACAACAUAUCACGGAGAGUCUGUCUCUGAGACGCGUCACAUAAGUCUGGUAUAGCCCAACCGGUACCACUAUUUUCUUCCCAAAUAGCACAAUGGCCGGGUUAAGAGUAAUAUUGCUGGUAUUUGUGGCUGCAACAAGUGUAUUGGCCUUCGAAAACAAGUACACUGAGAAGGCAAAUACUAAAACCAAGCUAGAACUGGAAGAGUCGCCCUUCAGAAUGGGAAAACUUAACCUCCUGUGGCAGAAAGCUCUCAGACGUUUGACUGAACCCAAACUGAAGAGGCUACUGUCUGAGCUGAAGGUACAAGAUAAAGAGGAACUUACUCUUAAGAAACUCAAGGCUGAUGGGUUGGACAAGGAUGGACUCAAGGAGGCUGAUCUGCGGAUGAAAUUGAAAAAUAUAAUGGAGAAGUUUUCCCUUAAUGCUGAUCUUCGUGAGGACAACCGACCGGGGAUAGGCAAUGAGGUGUACCAGAAUGAAGUGAAGGAGCAGGACAUUCUUAAGGCAAUCUUCAAGGACAAGAAACUCAACAAGCUGUGGCUUAAAGCAGAGGCAUCAGGAUUCACAGAGAUGGAACUGAAGGCACUGAAGGAGGAGUUUCAGCACCACCAGGAUAAAGUGGAUGAGUAUUAUGCAUUGGUACGAGAAGCUGCCCAGAAACAGCAGGAUGACCACAAUGAAAUGGGGAAUCACAUCAACAAGUUUGAUACACUGCAAGAUUUAGAGGCAUCGGAUAAGAGUCAGUCACACCCUGCCAAUGCCAUCAAGGAGAAGCACCAUGACCUGAAGACCAACAUGGACCGCCUACAAAAGCUGACAAUUAGUGGGCCAAACGGCAAGGAGUUCCUAGAGCCCAAAGUGAGCAGUCUGUGGAACAUGGCCAUUAAGGGAGACUUCACUAAGGAAGAACUGGAAUCUCUGCAUACGGAGCUGAAGCACUAUGAACACCGUCUUCUGAAGGUGAGGCACAUGAGCAGCCAGAUAGAUCUCCUGCAAGAGAGGUCAGGGGAUGAUAUAGAGAAGCUGGAGACAAGUGAGGGCCAGCGUAUCAUGCAGGAGAGAAUUGCUCAGCAGCAACGCAAAAUUGAAAAGCUCCAUGAAGAUUUGGAAAUGAGGAUUGCACAAAGACACCUGGAGCUCUGAUCCUGAGCCUCUGAUUGCUCUGGUUUUGCUUGUCUCUUGAAUCUCAGAGUGACAGCAUGUUAGUGUGGAGUAUUUCCUCAUAAUGAAAGUAUUUAAAUUUAUAUAUUUCCAUCAGUCAUUCAUCCUUCACUAUGACUGGCUCAAGUGUGCAAAUCCAUAAUCUAUAAUGAUUGUUCUGUCCUGGCAUUAUUAUUAGGUACUUGUGUUACCCUUCUCUCUUUCCACAGCACUGUGACUAAUAAAUCAUUUACACAGAUAUGAAAACUGAUUUAGUGUAAAAAAUAAUUUGAGGAUUGUUAAAAUUUGCUUGGAAUUGUGUAACUUAGACUCCUUUAGUUGUAAGUUGUGCAGAGAUUGAUGUCGGACUGGAAGGAUAUAUCUAUCAUGUUCCUCACACAUCUCAAAAGAGAGCUGGAAAGGAAGGAGAGAGAGGACUGAGGACCCUAUAGUAUUAUCAUUGUUCCCUUGAGAUCUGGUGUAGGUACUUCUUGUUAUGGCUGCCUGCCUUGAAGGUGAUCUCAGCCUGGUAAAUGAUAGCUAAGUAGAUAGGAUGAGUGAUAGGAUGCCUUGAAUGUUUCUGAAUGACUUCUAUUAUGUUUCACCCAUUCAUUUGUGGAAGGCCAGCUGUAUGCUUCCAUUAGGUAAUGGACAAGAUGUAUUAUGUUAUUAAAUUGUACUAAAAAGAUGUAGUAUUUUGUUGAAUUUAUAAACUUUUCUAUCUA